CGCAAAGGCAUACCCUACUCUUCUCUCUCAAACCUUCCCGCUCUUUCCUGACCUGCAAAUAUAGAAAUACAAAAUACAACCACAGUGACUGAGAAAGUCAAGGGGCGUCUAGUCACACCUUCCCUGGUUCCCACGGGCGGUCGUCAGUCUUCAAGUCUCCACACUCGAACUGAAAACGACAUAUGCCAAUGCCGCCCAACAACCUCUUUUCGCCGACGGCGCCAACGGGUUCGGACAUCGUGUUGGCCGAUGUGGUUCGGCCAAUGGCGGAGGCAUGCAUGACCGUAUUGAACAAGCUGGUGGAGAAUGGGCGGAGCGGUGGGACCAGCAGGAUAUGCGACGAACAAACGGGAAUGGAGUCACCCACUACGAAGGAGGUGGUUAUGGCGUUGGAGGCUUGUAGAUUUUUGCUGGAACUGCCGUUGAAGACGGACGGGAGCCCGAAGGAUGAGAUGGAUCAGGACCAGGUGGAGUGGAUGGAAUGGAUGGGUCAAGACUCCACCAUCGAGUCCCUGAACGCUCAAACUCAAGCCCUGCUGUACAACCUCCCGCCACCCACUGCCGCACCCUAUCUCGGCACCGACAUCAUGGCGUUGAUUUUGAACUAUGUCGGGGACACAUUCACCCUCGAUCCAACGCUACGCCUCAGCGGACAGCUCGACCUUCUGAAGACAUGUCAAGUCAACAAGCGAUGGUACAAGGACGCCAGAUGCGUCCUAUGGCGCGAUCCGGUCUUUGCCAGCGUUUCGAGCGUUCUCAAAUUUGGGCUGGGCGUUAGAUGGAGCGCGGCAUUAGUCGGGACACACGACAAGACGAACGACACCGAUGAUGAUGCAGCCACAGGUGACGACAGCCUGCUCACGAUAGGGGACGCGGUGAGGAGGUUAGCGCUGCCGGUGUUCCCGCGAUGGACCGUGGGCGGCGCUCCGAUGGUUUCCGGGGUUGUGAUGGGUAUCGCCGGCAAGUGCAGCAACUUGCGCACGCUCAAGUUCGAGAACGAGGGUGAUGCGGUGGAUGUGCCAGGUUUGUGUGCUAUAUUCCGAGCGUGUCCUCAUCUGGACGCCUUGCGUUUGAGUAUAGAGUUGGACGAAGAAGACAGUGACGACGAGCACUAUGAAGAUGAUGAAGACAAUCUCGACAUGGACGAGGAGGAUGGUUACGAGAUGUAUGCGGAUCGCCCAUUCAAUGACGAGGCCUCCUGCCACAGCAUCAUUGACGGCAUGGCGCGUCUGAGGAUCCUCGAUAUCGCAAGGAUUCGGACGUCGCAUCGCAAGAACCUCACCGCUUUCUUGGCACUGGUUAGGAAAGGUCUUGCAUCCAACCUGCAGCAGCUAUACGUCAGUGCCCUUUACAGCACCAAAGAUGCGUCAUGCAGAUUAAGCGACGUUCGGAUUCUACUGCAGCGAAUCGCCACAGAGGCUCCAGCGCUGGAGAUUCUUCAUGUGCUCCUGCCGCUGGCGACGGCACCUACGGACGGCCCUAUCCCACAUCUGAUUCACCAGCACAACUAUCAGCAGCUGCACAAGAACCACCAUCAGCAUUCCCAUCACCAUCAUCACAGCCGCUAUAAGAGCAACAACCACAGAGACCAAGUUGCGAGCCUCUGCAGUGCCCUACAUGCCGUUCGCAUAGGCUGCCCCGUACUUCGCAUGUUCACUUUUCGACACCGAGUGAAACAAUAUCGGCCAGAUGCAUUCGCUCAAAUCGAUGACCCACUCACUUUCAAGCAGAUUGAAUCAGCCAUCUGCACGAUGUUCACUGGACUGCGAUGUCUUACGCAUCUGGAUAUCCAAGGUCUCGAAGCGACCGAACGCAUCGUUACCUCGAUCAUUCAUCACGCGCCGCGGUGCCUUACUGCCCUCUUUAUGGACAUCGACGCCUGUCCGCCGCCUGCGCUCGUCAGCCUCAUCACAUACCGAGGCGGAACCCUCACAUCGCUCUCGAUGCUCUCCGUUCUCACGUUUCCCCCACAUCACGUCCUUGACGAGAUUAGUAUCCGCUGCCGUGGCUCGCUGAGGUACCUCGACCUGCGACACAAGCCGCCCGACCCGACCGAACACAACGGGCAAGUUCACUUUACGUUCCCCGAGCAGUGGCUGGCGAGUUUGCGCAACAUGUUGACUGCUUGCACAAGACUGGAGAAGACGAUGCUGAGUUGGGUACCUUCGGGAGAGUAUGAGGACGCCGGAUUGACGCUCUAUGGCGAGUUCGGGAAUCAGGUGUGCUGGGAACGAUUUCCGGCCGAGGUGGGGGAGGCCGGUGGGUUGGAGUAUCCGGUGUGGUAAGUAUGAAUCUCUUCGGCUUCCCGUCUAGGUGAGCGGGAAGCUCUCCUCUUGUGGGUAGAACGAAUGUCGGAGCUACCGUCAGCGCCGAAGGCAAACGGGCGUGGGAAUAUCAUGCAGAACAGAUCGCAAAACUUGGCAUCAAGUGCCAUUGGAACCUCGACAAGCCGUCGACACAUGAACCGGCGUAUGUAGUUUAUUGAGUCUAAUCAACAAUUCGGAUAGCAGUUUUCCUGUUUGAGC